UUGCCUCGGACUCUCUCAAAGUCUAAUCUUGAAUUAUUGAAAAUUUCCAGAAUGGGAUGUGUUACCGAAGUCACUUGACAACGAACUAAUAAUAGCUAUUCGCGAGCGAGAUGCCGCAAGAACUCGACUAGAAAUUAAACGCAAAGAAAAAAAAGCGUUUGAUCAAGAUAUUAAAGAAAAGUGGAAAGAUCUGGAUCAGAAACUUAAAGAACUGCGAGAAGAAGAGUUGAGAUACGAACAGUUUUCUUCGGAAAAUGAAUCGAAAUGCGAAAUUCUCAUAAGGAAGACAAACGAAGACAAUGAAGAAACGAAACGUUAUGAACAGCAAACCGUUCCGAUGCAGCAAUCAAUUUUAAAGCUCGAAGAGGCUGCUGAAGGGAUGCAACGCAGCGUGGAUGAGUUGAAGCCGUUUGAAGAUUUCCUUGAAAAAGUAGUGGAAGAGUCAAAAGAGUUUAAAAACAUAGAUGACGUUAUAAAGAGGUACGAAAAUUUGACCAACAUACGGAAGGAACUGGCACAAAAACAUGAAAAAAAAACUGCGGAUUUAAAACGGUUGACGACAGAUGUGUUCAGACGUUCAAAGGAAAAGAGCGAAGAAGCAGAACACGUUUCUGUCGAAAUGGCUGAUGUCAUCGAAUCAUUGGGAAAACUGAAAGACGAGAUAAUCAAAACCGACUUAGCUUAUCGCAAGAUAGAGAAUGUGGCCAAAGAAAAGAAAAUCGAGGGUGACUUGGUGGCUGCCUCUGUGUGGAAUAUUUAUAAGCAAAUGUGUCGGCGUGUAAAAAAAUCUGUGCCAAACAAAAUACCUGAUAUAGAAACUCAAUUGGCGUUCAUUGCGGAGGAAUAUGAGCAGUUGACCAAAGUAUUGAAUAUGGCUGAAAAAAUUAAAGAAAAAAACAACAAAAGGGAGAUUCUGAGAAACUGAAACUUGUGCUUGGUUUUUGACAACAUCUGAUACUUUUGUUUCUAUCAGAUCAACGUAGAAAGUCAUGUUAUACACGUUUGCCCGAAUGUCGUCUCCUGAAAUAUAUUUGGUAUAAAAUUAGAAUAAUAUUAUACACAAUAUACAGUUGAUAUCAUAAUAUUGU